AUGCCGCUGGAGAACCUGGAGGAGGAGGGUCUGCCCAAGAACCCCGACCUGCGCAUCGCGCAGCUGCGCUUCCUGCUGAGCCUGCCGGAGCACCGCGGGGACGCGGCGGUGCGCGACGAGCUGAUGGCGGCCGUGCGCGACAACAACAUGGCUCCUUACUACGAAGCCUUGUGCAAGGCCCUGGACUGGCAGGUGGACGUGGACCUCGUCAACAAGAUGAAGAAGGCGAACGAAGAGGAGCUGAAACGCUUGGACGAGGAGCUGGAAGACGCAGAGAAAAACCUUGGGGAGAGCGAGAUUCGCGAUGCGAUGAUGGCGAAGGCCGAGUACCUGUGCCGGAUAGGUGACAAGGAGGGCGCUCUGACCGCCUUUCGAAAGACCUACGACAAAACCGUGGCCCUGGGUCACCGGCUGGAUAUUGUAUUCUAUCUGCUUAGGAUUGGUCUGUUUUAUAUGGAUAACGAUCUCAUCACACGGAACACAGAAAAGGCCAAAAGCUUAAUAGAGGAAGGAGGAGACUGGGACAGGAGGAACCGCCUGAAAGUGUACCAGGGUCUGUACUGCGUGGCUAUCCGAGACUUCAAACAGGCAGCUGAGCUCUUCCUGGACACUGUUUCAACCUUUACAUCCUAUGAACUCAUGGACUACAAAACAUUUGUGACUUACACUGUCUACGUCAGCAUGAUUGCCUUGGAGAGACCUGAUCUCAGGGAAAAGGUGAUUAAAGGCGCAGAGAUCCUGGAAGUGCUGCACAGCCUCCCCGCCGUGCGGCAGUAUCUGUUCUCGCUCUACGAGUGUCGGUACUCGGUGUUCUUCCAGUCCUUAGCCGUCGUGGAGCAGGAAAUGAAAAAGGACUGGCUUUUCGCUCCUCAUUAUCGAUACUAUGUCCGAGAAAUGCGAAUCCAUGCCUACAGCCAGCUGCUGGAGUCCUACAGGUCACUGACCCUUGGCUACAUGGCAGAGGCGUUCGGGGUCGGUGUGGAAUUCAUUGAUCAGGAGCUGUCCCGGUUUAUCGCCGCGGGGAGGCUGCACUGCAAAAUAGACAAGGUGAACGAAGUGGUGGAGACCAACAGACCGGAUAGUAAGAACUGGCAGUACCAAGAAACCAUCAAGAAAGGAGAUCUGCUGCUAAACAGAGUUCAGAAACUUUCCAGAGUAAUUAAUAUGUGAAACCACUUCCUUUAGAGGUGAUUACUUGGAAUUUUUGUAGCUCAUUCGCUGUGUGCCCCGUUCAGUUGUGUAAAAUAAAUACUGCAUUGUUUGUCAGUUA